CCGGGUCACAUGCUGCUGUGGGAGAGAAAUCUCCAACCAUGGCUGGGCUGUUUAUGACUCGUCUUAUCCAUGGGUCUCUAAUGGUAGUAUUUAUGUGAUUGAAAUCUAGCUCAGUCUUCAGCUGAUCAGCCCCGGAAGUUUUUGCUCUGUAACAUUUGUUACCUUGCCCUGUGGUUGGCUACAUUAUGCAUUGUUUCCAUGUAAUUUGUUACAUCACCGGGACUAGAUGGAUACCACAGCAGUUUUAAACCAGACCUCCGAUUCCCGUCUUCAAUGACAGAGCCUUCAAGACCAUGCCUCUGACGCUGGGGUAAUUGCUGAAUCUGAAAAGUCGAAAGGCUAGGAAUCGCUGCGGAGUCUGCCAGCUCGGUGCUGCUACCUCUUUUAUUUCCGUUUUAAGCUCAACACUGAGUGAAUCAUGGCUCGGUCUACGAUACCUCCAGGGAUCCGCUGUAUCCAGGCAUUUUCCAGAGACAACUGGUAUCGUGGGUUUACUCUAGUGAUGACCUUCAUGUUUUACACCAGUUAUCACCUGUCUCGCAAACCUAUCAGCAUUGUCAAGAGUGAACUUCACAAGAAUUGUUCAGGAGCUGCUGGACAUGGAAACACAAGUCACCGUGACAAUGACACAUGGUGUGACUGGGCUCCAUUUGAUAAACCCAACUACAAGAUGCUGUUUGGUGCACUGGACAACUCCUUCCUGAUAACUUAUGCCAUUGGCAUGUUCCUCAGUGGUAUGUUUGGGGAGCGUCUCCCUCUGCGAUAUUACCUGACUGCCGGAAUGUUGCUCAGUGGGUUAUUCACAGCCCUUUUUGGAUUUGGAUUUUACUGGAACAUACACAGCAUCUGGUACUAUGUGGUUAUACAGAUCGCAAAUGGUUUGGCUCAGACUACAGGGUGGCCAGCUGUUGUUGCUUGCGUGGGGAACUGGUUUGGAAAAGGGAAGAGAGGACUCAUCAUGGGAAUCUGGAACUCUCACACCUCAGUCGGGAAUAUCCUGGGCUCCUUGAUCGCUGGAAUCUUUGUGUCAUCUGCCUGGGGUUUAUCAUUCAUAGUGCCUGGUGCCAUUAUCGCAGCAAUGGGAAUAGUCUGCUUCUUCUUUCUGGUGGAAUACCCUGAAGAUGUUGGUUGCACACCUCCCGAACACCAUAAUGCUUCAAUGAUGCCUUGGAAGAGGAGGAGAGAAGAUUGGAGAAACACAGCAAUGACUGGGGAAUCUGAGGAUCAACGAGAGCAAGAGCCAUUGAUACACCAUGGGAGCAUGGAGGAGAUUUUUACCAAUCCCAGUGAUACAGAAAAUGGGGGCACCAUCAGUCCCAGUGAGCAGCCUUCUGCAAUUAGCUUCCUUGGGGCACUCAAAAUACCUGGUGUGGUCGAGUUCUCGCUGUGUUUACUCUUUGCCAAGCUGGUCAGUUAUACAUUCCUGUUCUGGUUGCCUCUCUACAUUUCCUCUGUUGCCCAUCUGAAUCCCAAAGCUGCUGGUGAUAUCUCAACACUCUUUGACGUUGGUGGCAUUCUUGGUGGGAUUCUGGCUGGGAUCAUCUCCGAUUACACUGGUGGGAGGGCCACCACUUGCUGGAUUAUGCUAAUUGUUGCUGCUCCUAUGCUGUUCCUUUAUAACUACAUUGGGAAAAAUGGAUUGGCAACGAUUAUAGGAAUGCUAAUUUUCUGUGGUGCGCUAGUGAAUGGACCAUAUGCACUGAUCACAACAGCAGUAGCAGCUGAUCUGGGAACACACAAGUCCCUUAAAGGGAACGCUAAAGCAUUAUCAACUGUCACCGCAAUCAUCGAUGGAACAGGCUCAAUUGGUGCUGCAUUGGGUCCAUUGCUGGCUGGAGUCCUCACUGACUGGAAUAGUGUCUUUUACAUGUUGAUUGUAUCUGAUAUUUUGGCCUGUCUGUUAUUGAGCAGAUUAGUGUACAAGGAGAUCCGAGGCUGGUGUGGGUACCCAAUGAGAUUAAGAGGGUUUAAGGAGUUCUGAUCGAGAACACUCUCCACUGAGAAAUUCUUAAAGAGACUGGGAAAUUUUUCAGUUCGUGGAUUAAUUCUGCUUUGGCUUCAAAGCUUGGUACCUAACUCCAUCGAUGUGUGGAAGCAAAACACCAAGAUCCAAUGUAGUGAAAAGAAUGAAGUCUUUUUAAUCUCUGGUAUCCCUCCCAGAGACUGACAUCACAAAGAGAUUAAAGUCAGACUGGCCUUUUUGAUACAGUUUAGCCCCUUUGCUAUUGAAGAUUGCCUUUCAAUUUAUGGUGAACAGGGUUUUAUUGAUGGAGUCUAAGCCUGAUGUAGUGUCUUUUAUUUGUUUAAAAUACACACACACUUUAGAUAA